AUGGCUCAGCUAUUUGAGUACUUGAACAAGAGAGACGAGUGUCCCACGACAAACGAAUACGACGGCGCCAAUUUUGGAGCUAGAGUCUCGUCCAUCUUUGUCAUUUUGGCAACCUCCGCCAUUGGCACGAUCUUCCCCUUGCUCAGCUCAAGGUACUCCUUUAUCCGAUUACCGUGGUGGUGCUUUUUCGGCGCCAAGUACUUUGGUAGCGGGGUCAUUGUCGCUACGGCGUUUAUCCACUUGUUGGAGCCCGCGUCCGACGCCUUGACCGAUGACUGUUUGACGGGGCCCAUCACCGAGUACCCGUGGGCGUUUGGAAUAUGCUUAAUGACCUUGUUUUUGUUGUUCUUUUGCGAAUUGUUGGCCUACCAGGCCAUAGACCGCAAGAUCGAAGCCAUGGGCCUGGGCCAGGACCAAGACCACGAAGCGGCCGCUGGUGGUGGAGGCCACACCCACUCUCAUUUUGGUGAUGAAGCAUUAUACGUGAAAAAGGCCGUUGGUGCAGACAAAAAGGAAAUUGCACGCGAAACGGACGAAGAAGAAGAAGAGCACGAACAUGAAAAAAGAAUCGAGUCGGCUGAAUCCCACUCCAACAAUAUCGCAAACCCGUAUCCAAAGCAUUUCCAGCAUGGCCAUGAACAUCAAGAUCAUGAGCUUAUAGGAACACCCGUCAAUGACCAAAGCAAGGAACAGUAUUACGGCCAAUUGCUCAAUGUGUUUGUCUUGGAGUUUGGGGUCAUUUUCCACUCGGUCUUCAUCGGGUUGGCGUUGGCAGUUGCGGGUGACGAGUUCAAAUCGCUCUACAUUGUGUUGGUGUUUCACCAAAUGUUUGAAGGUUUGGGUCUAGGCACAAGAAUCGCCACUACCGACUGGACUGGCAGAACCUAUACCCCUUGGCUAUUAGCCGUCGCCUACACUUUGACCACCCCCAUAGCCAUUGCCAUUGGUCUUGGCGUUAGACACUCCUACCCACCUGGAUCAAGAAGAGCUUUGAUUACCAACGGGGUCUUUGACUCCAUCUCGGCCGGAAUCUUGGUCUACACGGGUAUUGUGGAGUUGAUGGCUCAUGAGUUCUUGUACAGCGGUGAAUUCAAGGGAAGACUGGGAUUUAAGAAGAUGUUGAUUGCUUAUUUCAUCAUGUGUUGGGGUGCUGGAUUAAUGGCAUUAUUGGGUAAAUGGGCAUAA